AUGGCCGGUGCUGGGGGUGAUGAGGAGGUCGGCGGCGGCGGGGGUGGGGGAGGCCGGCGGCGGGGUUGGGAUGGCAGAGAGAGGGAGGUCUGGGUCGGGGACAGGGGGAUCUGGGAGGAGGUGGCGGCGGAGGAGCACAACAACAUUCGGAAAAGAAGGAUUGAUCCUGACUCUGAAAUCACAUGGGAGGAAUACAAGUCCAUGAAAUUUACAUCUCAUGUCAUACAUGAAGCAUUAAGGCUGGCUAACAUUGCUCCCUUAAUGUUUAGAAAAGCAACAGAGGAAGUUCAUAUUAAAGGUUACACUCUUCCAAAAGGAUCAAAGAUCAUGGUUAAUCCUUCUAGCAUUCAUCUGGAUCCUACGGUUUACAAGGGUCCUGGUGAGUUCAAUCCCUGGAGGUGGAAGGAUACUACUGAACCAGCUGGUGGCUCCUCAAAGGAGUUCAUGGCCUUUGGAGGCGGGCUACGAUUAUGUGUUGGUGCCUGA